AGGACUUGAAAUUUGACAAAAUAAUUCCGGAGCCCACUCUCUUGAGGGUGGGGCAACAUGCAAAUAUUCUAUAGUUAAGGAAAAUCAACUUUUGGAAAGUUAGGGGCCAAAACGGAUAAGUUAUAAAUUGUCGGGGACUAGAAAAGAAAACAUGAAACGACGUCGUUAAGACACUGAAAAAAUAGUUCAACAACAGCAGAAAAGAGGGAAGAGAGAGAAAAAAAAGAGCCCCUCUUCUCUGUUUGUCCGAAGCCCAAAGCAAUGGGUAAGGUACCAACUGCUGCAGCAGCUGCUACAACGGAGGUGAAGAUUAAAAAGAAGAAAGGCCGCCCUCCGAAGAACCGCCCUCCACUCUCCGCCGCCGCCACUGAGACCCCCGUCCCCAAUUCCACGGGCCGCCGAUCUACCAGACGGAACCCUAAUCAAUUGAAUUCUCCGCCGCAGCCGGAAUUCGACGAAGACGAAGACGACGACGACGAGAGGAAGGAGAAAAAGGUCAAGCUCGUUGUCCGCUUGCCCCAAUCGGAUGAGAAGCGUCUGGGGCAGAGCGGGCCGGACUCUCGAGAUUACGAUUCGGGUUCCGGGUCCGGGUCGGAGCCGGAGUCCGAGGAUCGCGAGCGGAGUGCGAAGAAACGCAGAAUUAACGGCGUUGAUCGCGGAUCUGACGACGGGGUUUUGGAUCAGGAUGAUAAUAAAGAGGAUGUAGUUGCAGCAAACACACCUCCACCAGAUGGUUCAGGUUCACCAUUAGAGCCUGGCCCCACAACAACUCCUUUACCAGACAAAAAGCUGUUGGCCUUCAUUCUUGACAGGCUUCAAAAGAAGGACACUUAUGGGGUGUUUUCUGAGCCUGUAGAUCCCAAUGAGCUGCCUGAUUAUUUUGAGAUAGUAGAGCAACCUAUGGAUUUUGGUACAGUGAGGAAGAAACUUAACGACGGAGCUUAUAAAAACUUGGAAGAAUUGGAGGCUGAUGUGCUUUUAAUAUGUUCAAACGCCAUGCAGUAUAAUUCUUCAGAUACCGUCUACUUUCGGCAGGCACGAUCCAUACAAGAAGUGGCGAAGAGAGACUUCAAAAAUCUAAAACAUGAAGGCGACGACGGAGAACCGCAGCCAAAGGUCGUUCGGAGGGGCAGGCCCCCAAACAGCAAGAAUCAGAAGAAGUCUCCGGAAGCUUCCGUACUUGACCGUGUUGGCACUGAUAUUCCGUCAGGUGCAACUCUGGCCACCGGAGAAGAGAAACAAAUCGGAUCCAAUUCUUACAAUCUAAGAAAGGGUCCCGCUUUAUAUAGAGUUAGGUCCACCGACCACUCAUUUGCGUCACCUUCGAGAAACGGUGAAAAUUAUUCCGAAUGGUUGGUUGAUUGGAACAAUGAAUUUCCAGCAUCGAUUUUGAGGGCUGAUAUGAAACACGGGAAAAAGAAUUUCACGGUGGAUGAAAACAAACGUGAUACCUACAGGCAAUCGGACAAUAAUAAUAAUUCCCCUGUUUACGUUAAUGCUAUCGGAAAUAUGAAGCGGUUAAUGCCGUUGGGUCUUCAAGAAACCCUUGCUUACGCAAGAAGCUUGUCUAGAUAUGCUGCAAAUCUCGGCCCCGUAGCCUGGAAAAUGGCAUCAUCGAGAAUCGAGGCCGUUUUGCCAGCUGGCGUACAAUACGGUCCUGGCUGGGUGGGUGAUGACGAGGCACCUUCACAGCUUUUGAUCGAGAAGCAGAAAUUGAUCGGCAAAAACACGACAACCAAUUUAAGUUCCUCAGACGUGGUCGAAGCUGUUAAAACAACAACAACAACACUCAACAGCCAGAACGAGGUAGCCGCGUCUAUGAAAACCCCGUUUCCACCCCAGCAUAAGAUUCCCACGAAUCAUGAAUCGUACAGAAACGGUUUGAACGGGACUUUUGGGUACCGAAUUAAAUCGCCCGAUUCACAAGGAGAAGCUCUCGAUCUUUCUUCACAAAGACGUACUACUCCUUCGGUACCCCCGGAUUUGAAUGUAAGAGUGCCAGCUGGCUCACCUAGUUCUUCUAGCUUACAGAUUGGCUCACCCCAACAACCUGAUUUGGCAUUACAACUAUGAAUUAUCUAUUUUAGGAAACAGCUUUGUAUAGAUUAUAUUAUGGUUCUUGAUUUUUUUAGGUGAAAAACUAUUUAUAAAAAAAACAGUUUUAACAUUUGUAACUUUUAUUAUAAAAUACCAGAGCAGGAAAAUAAGCAUAUUUGUCUGCUUAUGAUUGAUUCUGAACAAGAACAACAAAUGUAAUGUAACCUCUUAUCUUGUAAUAUCAAUUAUUAUGACGUGGCAAUUCUUUUUUUUCUUUUCAAAAUUAA